UUUCUGCCAAGAUAAUAGCCGGACUCUUGUCAACAAAGGAACAAAUGGCUUCAUUUGAGUACAGCAAAACCCCUUUCGACCCAACGAAACAGAUUCGGCUCUUGACACUUUUCCCCGCUCCCAGAGUAGCCUUGACUAGCGUGCAAGAGAGUUCCAAUCUCGUUCAGACUUCAUUGGCAUCCUUCAAUUGGGACGAGAAACCUCCUUAUAUUGCUCUUUCCUACACCUGGGCCGAUGUCUCUCAGCUCGAAAAGAUUAUCGUCAACGACAAGACGCUCCAAAUUACAGCCAGUUUACACGAAGCACUUCUUCACAUUCAGACCGAUGAGCCAGUCAUGAUCUGGAUAGACGCCAUCUGCAUAAACCAGAAAGACAACAAUGAGAAGACCGAGCAAGUCAAACGAAUGACGGAGAUCUAUAAAGCUGCUACAUCUGUUUUCGCUUGGCUUGGACCAGCUUCAGAUGACAGUGAUGCCGCAAUGACUGGAAUGAAGAAAAUUGGAGACGAGGCAAUGGAAGCUGGUCAGCUGAAGUUGUCUCGAGAGACUAUGCUCAAGCUUUGGGAUCCAGAUCCGGAGGGAUUGCUCUCCUCUGUCAGGCAGCCGUUCAUAGACCUAUCGAAAAGUAUCGGGGUAGAGUUCCUGCAAUUGGCGAUAAAAUCAUUGGCCGCAAGAAGCUAUUUCACUCGCACGUGGAUCGUGCAAGAAUUCUCGGUGGCGACCGAACUCGUGAUUGUUUGUGGAAAGAAGAAGUUGACAUUUCCUCAAUUUGCUGCAGCGUUUAUUUUCCUCGGCUUACACAGAGUUCUGACCGUCGACCGACUUGCUGCCAUCCCAGAGGAUGUCGAUCCAACGGCGAAGGAAAAGCUCAAGGAGUUCAUAAAGAACGAUGAAAGCGGUGCUCCAAGUCGGCUUAUUGGAUCACGGAAUAGAUAUCAGAAGCAGAGACCGGACUAUCAUUCUUCAAUGUUGGAGCUUCUUGGCCUUGUCUCGGGAUAUACAUACGCUACAGAUCCCAGGGAUAGGAUUUUUGGCCUGCUAGGUGUCGCGCCUGAUGCGAGGUCACUCGGCAUAAAUGUAGCGUAUGAUAAAGCCGUUCACGAAGUAUUUGAAGACGCAGCUAGAGCAUUGUUGAAGAACAAUUACACAGAUGUCCUCUCCUGGUGUCGAUCUCGAUCGAAGAGUAAUAGAACCCUUCCCACCUGGGUUCCAGACUUCAGCAUGCCAUUACCUGAACCACUAGGAUCAUAUAAACAUCGAGGACAGCCUUGGGAACCACUCUUCAACGCCUCUGGCACAAAUGAGGUCAAGAUAUCUGCAUCCAACAAACCGGGACAGUUGACGAUGUCAGGAAUAAUCGUCGACACAAUCGAGACCGUAGGAACUCCAUGGAAACGCGAAAACUGCCAACAAACAGCUACCCUUCUUGACCUCUCCCUAGACACCCUCCUCGGCGAAAUACACGGCGCUUGCCAACUAGCUCGGACGAAAUCUCCACCUAUCUCAAGCGAUUCCAAUUUCUGGCAAGAAGCGCUAUGGAGGAUCCCAUGCGCCGAUCAGCAAUGGCAUGAUUAUACGCGACGACGAGCAGACCCUGCUGCUCAAGCGGGAUUGCUGGAGAUUAUAGAUAGGAAUUCUGGGGAGCGGUCGGGAUAUACUGAUGAGGGGAAGAAGACGGCUUGGAGGAAGUAUCAUCUUGCUAUGGAGUGCUUGUAUGAUUUUAGGCCGUUCAUAUCGAGGAAAGGGUAUGUUGGGAUGGCGCCUGAGUUUGCGGCUGUUGGGGAUCUGGUGUGUAUGAUUUAUGGGGCGAUUGUGCCAUUUGUGUUGAGGAGGGUGGAUGAUGGGUUUGAGCUUGUUGGAGAGAGUUAUGUGUAUGGUAUUAUGGAUGGUCAGGUGAUGGAGAUGGGACUGGAGCAGGAAGAGUUCUGUCUUGUUUGA